UUGGACCUCAUCACCGACUCCCUCGCCAGCUUGUGCUGUACUCGCUCACUGACUUGGUUUCGCGCUGGCCAACCCGUUGCAUUUGGUUUCUGGGCCAUGGUGGCCUAGGGUGGAAGAAUGGUGCAUCGAGAUAACACCGCCAUGCAUAACUUCGCCUACCAUCCCAGCGUCGCAAGUUGGGUACAAUCCACCUCGAUUGCGACGCAACUCGACGACCCAGCAGAAGAUCCCUCCGACCCUUCGCCUGACGACUUCUACCGCUACCCUCCACCCGAUGUCCCAUCCAGACCUCUCGCUCACACCGACGGCAUGACGACCACUCGCCAAAGGCAAACCUCACAAGGCGCAGUCGGUGCGUCAAGGCCUCCUUUUCGAACCAGUCCACACCCUCCUCCUCGGACCCGCCCUCCACAAAUGCCUUCGAAUCCUCGAACAAUCCUCCCUCCCGAUCGGCCGAGUGUCAAGAGUCUGGCUCAAAAGUUUAGUCAAGCCCCGGAAAAGGAUGAGUCGCCUGUCGCAUCUCGUAGGCGGGCAUACGACGCCGCUGGGUCGACUCCACCGUCCCGUCGCCCUCUCUCGUCGCGAUCUGUUUCGGAUACGCAGGCCAUGGCUUCUUCGUCUUCCCCGCGCCCCGCGAGAGAGAUAUCGUAUGGUCCCCAUAAAUUCAACAACCUGAAGCCUCGCGAGAGACCACAACCCGCGCCUCCCUCCCCCGCCCGGCUGCAUAAGGGAGACGGGAACAGGAAGGAUGUAGAGAAGCAGACUUCUCCGGCGAGACUAACACCGUCCUCGAGUCCACGAAAACAUCACCGAACCGCAUCAUCAGGCAGGAGGCCGUUUUUUGGCGAGGUGGUGGGUGAACACGAUGCGGGCACACCGGGCUUUGGGAUACCAAUAGCUGACUCGCUGCCGGGCUCGGAAUUGAAAGACGAAGUUCCUGGCGAGAUUCCCUUGCCUCCCAAUGAAGCAGCGGAUCAUGCGACUAUGUCAACAGGCCAGGGAAGAUCUACAAGCGGGCCCCCUUCCGCAUCGACCAACCUAACCCUCUCAAGUACGCCGCCCGACUCGUCAAGUCCUCGAGAGAAGCGACGAUCACCACCGUCACGAAUACCCGUAGCUACUCGGCGCCUGAGUGUAGCUUCGGACUCUAGCUCCUCAGUGCGCUCGUCACCAGCCAGUUCAGCAAGGCCACCCGGUGGUUUUGCUAGGAACAACCAUUCACGCCGCCCUCUUGGCACAAAUGAAAUCCUCCCCGCAACUUCAAAUCACAAUGACCGUGAGCGUGGGAAGCAAGCUACCAGCACGUUGACAAAACCGGCAACAUCAUUCGGUAGCGCAGCGAAAGCUGCAUCGCCGCGCCUUCGUCACGCUCGUGAGCGUCAAUUCCCCACCCCAGGUUCGACAGGUGCACAUUCACAUGCUCCUGAGGGUCCUGAUGAGCUCCGCAGUCACACUGAUCCGCCAUGCAAUCCAGAAGAGCUGUCCGCGGAAGACACGUCGACAGAUCACGGCCUGACCAACGCAAUAGAUGGUGCUGAUGGAGUAGGUGUUGCUAGCCCCGCUGCAAGUAAUCAUCUUACUCUAGAGACUGCUACUCUCGGUGUGCCUCACUCCCAGGCAGCUCCUUACUCGACUACGGAUUUUCAGUAUGAGGAGUCUCCCGUUCUGGGUAUUCCGGGCAGUUUCAUGGUAACUCCACCCCUCGCGCACACUCAGUCGCCCAUAGAGCAAGGGCAGGGUUCACAGCAGUCACAAUCACAGUCACAAUCACAACGGUUGAGCGGAAAUGUGGGUGCAGAGCUUCUACAGCCUUUAGUGUUCCAGCCAGCGAGUGUGUUGGAUACGGUCAAGACUGUCCUCUCUGAGGCCACUGAGAACGACCCCUCGGAACUGGGGGUCCGGGAGUCCAUUCCAAUCAUGCUUGGUGCUGAAAACGGCCCUACCCAAGGGACCGGGUCGAACGAACGCCCAAAGGCCGCAACUCGUCUCAGCAUUGGCGACCGAAGAUGGCGCGCUGAACCGCUCGACGAUUCUGGGACAAUAUCGUACCUCGAGGAAGACCAUUCUCCUACGGAUCCCAAUCCCCUUCCAAAUCGCGAUACCCUACGGCCAGAAGAUUCAGCCAGCAAUGUCGCAUUCUAUAGCCAGGCCAGACAACCCGCUGAGAAGUGGGCUCCGCAGGCGGCAUCGGGCCAAGAAUCCAACGGAAUGACACUAGACAGCGAAGCCUAUAGUGUCAUCAACAAAGUAUUGAACACCUAUCACAGCUCGCCAAAAAUCACACCUCAAGUUGCCGAAGACGCUCGAAGAGAGGUCCAGCGCGUCUCGCCCGUUAUAGCACAACAUGAGGACUGGGGCUCCAAGGAAUCCACUGAGACAUACCUGGCCCGAGUUCUUAGUGAUGCCAAUGGCGUGCAGCAACGAUCAGCGGGAUAUACCAGCGCCACGACCGAGUCUAAUCAUAUCAUUAGACACAGUAAAGCAGUCGUGGGCUACAGCGAACUUGAGGACGACGCAGGCGACUCGCAUACCAGCGGAACCGCAAUCAUUUUCCCGUCGGAAUCGCGGCGAUACUCGCGCGGGUCCCAUGCAUCGACGGCCACAACGAUACACGACGAUAGAGGCCGGGUCGACACCUCUUCUGAGGACCGUGAAGCGGCUACGCCCGCGCUCCAACUUCUCCCCUCGACGACUUUUGUGCCGCCCCCUCCGGCCCAGGAUCAAUCCUUUGCGUCCGGCCCUGUCCAACAUUACCGAGACAGUUACGGGCGUCCAGAUCCCGCUUCGUACCAUUUUCUCCCUGAAAUUAAAUCCACGGGCGAGGGCCUGGGACUGGGCCUCGAGGCAAAUCAACAGAAGCAAAGGCGACUGCAGGAGGAAGAGAACCAGCAUCUAGGCCAGUCGUCCAAAUGGCCUGGUCACUCGUCGCUCCCUCAUUACCCUCCCACCCCUACGACAUUGCCUUCCUCCGCGUCUCAGCCCACACAAUCCUUCACAUCAGAUUCAAACAGAAGAGGCAACAUGCGUCUCCCUCCAGCUUCCGAAUACGUGGACGGAUCUCAUGACGAUUUCUCAUCGUACGCACUGACCUCCUCCGUGAGUGGCAGUGAGAGAAACCGCUUUGCUACUCGCGCCGAAAGAAUUCAGGUCGCGAAAGAAGCUCGCGCCAUGCACGAAGUUCAGACCGGACAGCAGACCCAGACCGCGCCGAAAGCACAGACAGAAGUUCGGCCAGGGUAUGGAGUUCACACUACACAAGAGGUCCAGACUGCACAUGCUCCGACAGAUGAUGUAUCCCUUCAUCCGACCUUGAACGACUCCUUGGAAAAGCUGGAUAGGGGAAAGAGUCAAGAAGAUUCCAGGGACAUUCAUGGUGACAAGUCGCACGAAGGAGGCCGCGCGUCUGAUCAGACCACCGAGAGUGUGCACCCGGCUGCCUUCCCGGGCGAGGACUCCGAUGCCAUUGCACGCCGAUUGCACCAUAGAUACCGUAUCAUUGAGGAGCUGUGUCGAACCGAGAAUGACUACAUGUCUGAUCUCAUGGUUGUCAGGCAUGUAUGGAUGGCCACGGCACAGGAAGUCUUUCCCGAUCCCCAUGACCAGGCUACGCUCUUUUGUAACGUAGUGGAGCUCUCUGAUUUCCACAACCAGUUCGUCAUCGACCUGAAGAACGCUUUUAGACAAAUAGCCCAUUGGAAGUUCGAUAAGGAAUCUGACGAGAACCUGGAGCAACAGUACCAGCAACCGAAGGAACCCGAGGUUCUCUUCAAAUAUUGCAACCUGGAUAAUGAUAACCAUACAAGUGUCGGCUAUGUGUUCAAGUACUGGCUCCCGAAAAUCGAGGCUCUCUACACAAAGUACCUGCUCAAUCAUGAUAAGGCGAACAAGAUGAUCGUGGCCCACCGCAAAGAGCCCGAUUUCGAUGCUUGGCAGAAGGAAUGUGUCAAAGGGUCCAAGGACAUCACCGAUGCCUGGGAUCUCGAUUCGCUUCUUGUCAAGCCAGUGCAGCGGCUGCUCAAGUACCCUCUGAUCCUGCAGUCUCUGAAGGACGACUCCCCGAAAACACAUGACGACUAUGCGGAUAUCGUUUUCUCGUUGGAAAGCUUGCUCGACAUCAACAAACGCAUCAAUGAACUCAAGAAGCGCCAGGAAACUCUGCGUCUUGCAACCAAGGAGGGCAAGAAGGAGAAGAAGAAGGGUUUCCGAGGUAUCGACAUUGUAAAGGCACUUAAGGGCAAUCAGAAAUCUCCCAAACCGGCUCCAGGAGACACGAUCUUCACCGAUCCAGUGUACGAGCAACACUUUCAGAAAUUUGGGGGCAAUUUCUUUCAGCUUCAAAUUGUGAAGCAGGACCUGGACAAGUACUCCGAGGAUCUGACCGCUGCCUUCCUCCACCUCAACAUUGUGACCAUGCAGCUGCUUGCACUUGCUGAAGACCAAAUGGGUACAAACCUGGAGACGAGGGCCUCUUGGCAAAGAACCGUUCAAGGUCUCCUGGAGCUCCGCCAGAAGCUCCUUGAAGAUCAUAAACAGGCCAUACAUUUGAAGAUCUACAGGCCGAUCAUGGAAGUUUGGGGCCUCUACAGUAAGCCGCAGGCGCACAUGGAAAAACGCAAGAAGCUUCUCGCGCAAUAUACCAAGUACAAGCAGGCUUUGGACCGCAAGGAGGAGGUGGACUCGAAGCUCAAGGAGGCUGCACAGCAGUUCGAAGCUCUCAACGAGACUCUCAAGGACGAGCUUCCGAAACUGUACAACCUCACAAGAUUGCUCAUGAUGAGAAUACUCGAGAGCUUUGUGAACUACCAGAAGCAGUUUUGGAAGAAUUGCCAGAAGAAGAUUUUGCCGCUUCUGGAGUACGAGCCGGAGCACACGUCGUCGUUUACCCAUGACCUGAGAGACUAUGUUGCUCGUUUCAAGUCGGAUUUCUCGGCCGUACAGAAUAUGGUCAGCAACUUGGAAAUCUGCAACGGCCGUUUGAUCUACGACAUGGCCAACUUCCAGUCGCCGCACACGUCUAUCUAUACCGUCACGGAUGAUGGUUCUUCUCGCAAGUCCACGUCCCGUCGUACGGAAUCAAUCAAUGCAGUCGCCGAAGAUGGUUCGUCUCGCAGGUCCACGUCACGUCGCACCGAGUCAAUCAAUAGUGACACGUCUCUGCUUGAUCAUCGACACCGUCGCAGCGGAACGACGCCGAGCCAGCGCAACGCGCACACUUUAGAAGCACCUCCGAGGUCCGCCCCUCAUGGUGGUAUCCAGUCCCAGCAAAAGUCAGCCGGCGACUACGCUUGGGAGAUCCCCGCCGUAGGCUCCAGCAGCCGCCUUCCCGCACAGAAUCCGAGCCCAAGAGCUCUACAGGAGCAGCGUACCCUUUCCCCCUCGUCCGAACGCAGCGACCUCACCGUGACCAGGACCGGCCGCUCUUCUCUCCAACCCUUCCCCAACCUUGGCAACCCUGAGGACGGAUGCCUCGAGGGCGCAAGCUCGCCUCGCCCCGUGGGCCAACUCGGCUCCUUCCCAAGCAGCUCCCGCGGCUCCGCCAUCUUCUCCUCGGCGCUCCCCAUGAGCGAUUCCCCGUCGGCCAACCGCUCCGUCGAGGAGCUGCAUCCCAGCACGCCGGCCGAUUUGGAGGAACCCGAGGUUCUGUUCCUGGCGGCAUCGCUGUUCGAGUUCAACAUCGCGCACGACAGGCGCGAGGGGGGAAUCCCCUACCUGGUAUAUGUGCCCGGCGAGAUUUUCGACGUCAUUGGCAUGAAGGGCGAGUUGUGGUUGGCGCGGAAUCAGGAUGAUCCGAGUAGGACGGUGGGGUGGAUUUGGGAGAAGCAUUUUGCGAGGAUUUUGCCUGAGGAGGUGUGAGGGUGGGAAUAGAGGUUUGUGGGUAGGGUGUAUCUUUUGUUCUCUGGAUUAGUAGGCGUUUUUGUGCGGGAGGGAAAGGGACGGGGAGAUGAAUGGUUGGGAGGGUCGGUUGGGUUAAUGAAUAGGCGUUUCUUGAUGGC